UUGACAGAGCGCGGAGGAAAAAUCCGCGAGAAGGUGGUGGAAGAAGAUGGCGGUGCUGGGGCAGAGUUUGCAAUCUUUUUAAAUAGGCUAGUCGAGUGACUAUUCGGGUCAUGGCGUCAAACUCAACUAAGUCUUUCCUGGCAGAUGCCGGCUAUGGCGAACAGGAGCUGGAUGCUAACUCUGCCCUUAUGGAAUUAGACAAAGGUCUGAGAUCUGGCAAACUUGGUGAACAGUGUGAAGCAGUUGUUCGCUUUCCCAGACUCUUUCAGAAGUAUCCAUUUCCUAUUCUCAUCAAUUCUGCGUUCCUAAAGUUAGCAGAUGUUUUCAGAGUUGGAAACAAUUUCCUGAGGCUGUGUGUUCUUAAAGUUACUCAACAAAGUGAGAAGCAUUUGGAGAAGAUUCUGAAUGUGGAUGAAUUUGUGAAGAGAAUUUUCUCUGUGAUUCACAGUAAUGAUCCUGUAGCAAGAGCCAUCACACUCCGGAUGUUGGGAAGCCUGGCAUCAAUAAUUCCUGAGAGGAAGAAUGCUCAUCAUAGUAUUCGUCAGAGUCUGGACUCACAUGAUAACGUAGAAGUCGAAGCUGCUGUUUUUGCUGCUGCAAACUUCUCUGCACAGUCAAAGGAUUUUGCUGUAGGAAUCUGUAACAAAAUCAGUGAAAUGAUUCAAGGUUUAGCCACACCAGUGGACUUGAAACUGAAGUUAAUACCCAUCCUCCAGCACAUGCACCAUGAUGCAAUCCUGGCAUCCAGCGCACGGCAGCUUUUACAGCAGCUGGUCACAUCCUACCCCUCCACCAAAAUGGUGAUUGUUUCUUUGCACACCUUUACUCUGCUUGCAGCUUCAUCUUUAGUUGAUACGCCUAAGCAGAUUCAGCUUCUAUUGCAGUAUUUGAAGAAUGACCCUAGGAAAGCAGUAAAGAGACUUGCUAUUCAAGAUCUGAAAUUACUUGCCAAUAAAACACCACACACUUGGAGUAGGGAAAACAUUCAGGCACUCUGUGAAUGUGCCCUCCAGACUCCUUAUGACAGCCUGAAACUCGGGAUGCUGUCUGUCCUUUCCACACUGUCAGGGACCAUUGCCAUCAAACAUUACUUCAGCAUAGCUUCAGGAAAUGUGGGUUCUUCCCCUAGAUCCUCUGACUUGGUCAGAUUAGCCCAAGAGUGCUGUUACCAUAAUAACAGGGGCAUUGCAGCUCAUGGAGUACGAGUCCUAACUAAUAUAACAGUCUCUUGUCAAGAAAAAGACCUUUCAGCACUGGAACAGGAUGCUGUCUUUGGCCUGGAAUCCCUUCUGGUACUUUGUAGUCAAGAUGAUAGUCCAGGUGCUCAAGCCACUUUAAAGAUUGCUCUAAAUUGUAUGGUGAAGUUGGCCAAGGGCAGGCCUCACCUUAGCCAGUCAGUGGUUGAGACCUUGUUGACCCAGCUGCACAGUGCUCAGGAUGCUGCGCGGAUCCUGAUGUGCCAUUGCCUGGCAGCCAUUGCCAUGCAGCUGCCAGUGCUGGGCGAUGGCAUGCUUGGGGACCUCAUGGAGCUCUACAAGGUGAUCGGACGAUCAGCCACAGACAAACAACAAGAACUUCUGGUGAGUUUGGCCACUGUGAUUUUUGUGGCCAGUCAGAAAGCACUAUCUGCUGAAGUAAAGGCAGUAAUUAAACAGCAGCUUGAAAGUGUCUCCAAUGGAUGGACUGUGUACCGAAUUGCCAGACAGGCAUCCAGAAUGGGUAACCAUGACAUGGCCAGAGAGCUUUAUCAGAGUUUGCUGACUCAGGUUGCUUCAGAACAUUUCUACUUCUGGCUAAAUAGUCUGAAGGAGUUCUCACAUGCAGAACAGUGCCUCACCGGGUUGCAGGAGGAGAACUAUAGUUCAGCACUUUCUUGCAUUGCUGAGUCUUUAAAAUUCUACCACAAAGGGAUUGCUUCCUUAACAGCUGCCAGUACACCACUGAAUCCUUUAAGUUUUCAGUGUGAAUUUGUAAAACUCAGGAUUGACCUUCUACAAGCCUUCUCUCAACUUAUCUGUACUUGUAAUAGCCUCAAGACAAGCCCCCCACCUGCAAUUGCCACAACAAUUGCCAUGACCUUAGGGAAUGACCUUCAGAGGUGUGGUCGCAUCUCCAAUCAGAUGAAACAGUCCAUGGAAGAAUUCCGAAGCCUUGCUUCCCGAUAUGGGGAUCUUUAUCAGGCAUCUUUUGAUGCUGAUUCCGCAACAUUGAGGAAUGUGGAACUACAGCAGCAGAGCUGUUUACUGAUAUCUCAUGCAAUAGAAGCCCUGAUUUUGGAUCCAGAAUCAGCAAGGUAUUUCCAUACAGCAUGCCUCUGCAAUGCCAUCAUUUCCUUGCUGAAAGUUCCUCUUUCGUUUCAGAGAUAUUUUUUCCAGAAACUGCAAUCUACCAGCAUCAAGCUUGCUCUGUCACCAUCGCCCCGGAACCCUGCCGAGCCCAUCGCUGUCCAGAAUAACCAGCAGCUGGCACUAAAGGUAGAGGGAGUGGUUCAACAUGGAUCUAAGCCAGGACUCUUUCGCAAAAUUCAGUCUGUCUGUCUGAAUGUUUCUUCCACGCUACAGAGUAAAUCCGGACAAGACUACAAGAUACCCAUUGACAAUAUGACCAAUGAGAUGGAGCAGAGGGUUGAACCUCAUAAUGAUUACUUCAGUACUCAAUUUCUGUUGAACUUUGCUAUCCUUGGAACACACAACAUUACAGUAGAAUCUUCAGUGAAAGACGCCAAUGGUAUUGUAUGGAAGACAGGUCCCAGAACUACCAUAUUUGUAAAAUCCCUGGAAGACCCUUAUUCCCAGCAAAUUCGCCUACAACAACAGCAAGCCCAGCAACCAUUACAACAGCAGCAGCAACGAAAUGCCUACUCACGGUUUUAGCCACAUGAGGAAUGCACUCCUGGCUUUAUAGGAAUUGAUCAAAUGGGCAAAAAUAAUUUGAUUUUUCAUAUGGAUUCAGAUAUGAAAGUUAGAAUGUGGAGUCCAUUUAUUCAUUGGUUUCUAUAAUGUAAUACUCUGGGGAAAAAAAGGGUUUGUUUUUCUUUAGAAAUUUAAUUUGAGAAAUAACUGCGUUCCCAAAGAUUUUUUAUCCUUGUUCCUUCUUAAACCAAGUCCUUUAUCAUCUGUUUGACAUUUUCAUUGUUUUAUUAUUGUUUUUAUGUUGCUGAGCCUUUUCUUUCGCUUUCAAGAAAAGUCAUGUGUUGGGAUCACUGCAUUUAUAGAUUUGACUCCCUGUUCACCAAAAUACAUCACUCGCUACCUGGCACAGAUAAUUCUGAGCCAGGCAUUGGGAAAUUCUGACCGGUUAGUACAAAGUUGACCUGUGGUAGCAGGAACCAAGUUCUCCCCUGGAUUGACUUCAGUGUCCCCUGAAAUCCAGUUUUCUGGAUUUUGAGAGCAUGCAGUCUAGCAGAAUUGAAACACCAUGCUAUAUUAUUUCAGCUACUUAACCUAUCUUUUCUAUGCUAACACAAUCUUAAUUUAUUGUUUUAGUAUUUAAUUGACCUGAAAAAAACAGGUAACAAAUACAUACAAAAAUUGGAGAUUAAUCAUUGGUGUUUUCUAGUAUGUGUAUGGUUUUGUUUAUAGUAUAGACUUUUUACAUUAUUUCUAAGAGCGAAAAAACUCACUCACAUGUACUAUCUUAAUUUUUUAAAUUAGGAAGGCAGAUCUUUUGAUUGGUUUGGUUUCUUCUUGGCAAGUUAUGUAAUACUAGACUUGAUUGUCUAGAAAGAACAGCCUCUUUAUAACACAACCUCAAUUAGUUGGGAUGCUCAGGGAAUAGAAGUUUUCUGGUUAGCCAGAAGACCCCUUUUUUCCUAUUUCAAUACUGGUUGAAAACUGUUAUAAUAAUAAACUUUCUUGUCUUAACACGGUAUACUGGAUGCAAUUUACCUGUUCAUUCUUCAUUUGGGAUAAUUCAGUGCUCGGAAUCAUGGUUUUCUAAACAUCAGGGAUCAUAGGGUUGCAGAUGUUGUUGAUGAUAUGGACAGUUGGGCUGUAAGCAGCUCCUAAGAUGAAGCAGGACACAUUCCCUGGAAGCUUCCUUUUUAAAUAAAUCUCUCAUUUUCUUUGCUUGUG